CAGAAACAUGGGGGAAGCGGAGACUGUGCCAUCAGACGAAAAACCCGCAGAAACUGGCGUCUGUACAGCCGAAGAAUCGAUUGUAUGGAGUCAGGAAGUCGAAGUGUGUCUUUUUCACGCCAUGCUCGGUCACAAACCCGUAGGGGUGAAUCGUCAUUUCCACAUGAUCUGUAUUCGUGAUAAGUUCAGUCAAAAUAUCGGCAGACAGGUGUCAUCUAAAGUCAUCUGGGAUCACCUGAGUACUAUGUAUGACAUGCAGGCUCUGCAUGAAUCAGAAAUACUUCCAUUUCCAAACUCUGAAAAGAGCUUUGUGCUUCCAGAAGAGAUCAUACAGGACGUCAAGGAAGGUAAAGUGGGAUCUGAAGAUGACGUGAAAGAGGAGUUCAAAGAAGAGAGCGACCCUCCUGCAACCCAUGAAGAAGGCAGCAAUUCCUCCGUGAAGACGUCGGAGAGAUCGAGCAGCGGCCGAGAGAAAGAGCGGGCCGAGAAGGGGGCCUCAGGUGAGUCGGGCAGCGGGAUGAAGGAAUCGACUGGGGAAAAAAGGAAGAGGAGCCGAGCCGUGGAGAAGGUGAUGAACUCCAGCAACCCCUCCAGUCCCGGAGGAGCCAAACGCCGCAGGACGUAACCUUAGCCGGCUGCACAAGGACACAGGACAUCAGACAGGGAAGAAAAAAAAGACUGACAGAGAAAGGUGUAGCUGAUAUUGGGCACACUAGAGCCGGCACGAAGGUGAAAUGUGUGUGUGCGCGUGUUUUCUGCAGUCUGAGGUUCACAAAGAGACGGUCUUGUGCUUGGAGCAUUCUGAGCUGUUCACAGACAGAGACUGCAGAAAUAUAGUGGAAGGAAAGUCUUUGCUGGUUGUGUAGGAUCAGACUACACUUCUGGGAAAAGUAAGUAAUAUGCUUUCCUACACUGAGUUUGAGACAACACUGCAACCUUUUUUUGUUUUUAAGUGAAAACUGGGGAUUUUAAGUGGUAGCUCGAUUUUAUUUGUAUCCGAGCCAGCAUUCUUGAAAAGGACCAGAAGAUCAACUAGUUUGUUGUGUGAUUUUAUUAGGACUUACACUGCAAAUAAGCUGAGCUUGUUGUUUGUUAUUAACUGUAACUAUUAGACGGUCAUUAAGCAAACGUUUAGGAAACGAUGAAGAUUUUUUUUUCACUGUUUCUGGGUUAAUGAUUGUUUGAAUGAUUGGACCAGUUGUGUACUGAAUACAUCAGGAGUUAAACCCUGAUUAAACAAUCUUUGAGAACAA